AUGAAGACUAUCAUGUCAGAGUAUGGAAUACAGUCGGCAGAAUCAGAAAAGACAAUGGAUUCAAAUAACCUUUCAGAAGCUGAAGACUAUGAAAGAUUUGGAUAUAAUUAUGGAUGGGCAAGAAGCAGAAAAUUUUUGAAACAGUUGGUGAAGGAUAACAUUGAUUUAUCAUUAGUAGAGUACGAAAUUUUAAGACAUCCAAAAAACAAAAGACCAAAAUCGUGGAGACAGUGUUUUUUGAUCGGUCUUCGGAGUAAUGUACUGCAGAUAUUUAUGUCAUUGUUGGUGUUACUUGAUGCGGGGAUUGUGAUCAGUGAGAUAGUUUUGGAAAUCCAAUCACUUCAAACAUAUAAAAGUAAUUUUCGUACACAACUAGAAGAAUUUCGUGAUAUUGUAUGUACGUUAAUGUAUAGUACUGCACCUUAUAUAGAAUUACCUUCUCAAUGUUAUUCUGAUGAAUAUGCGCCACAUUUUGUAAAAUCUAAUGUAAAGUUGAGGAAUGUUUCAGUGUAUAAUAAUGGUAUGAAGGAUCGAACAUUUUUAGAUGAAGAAUCAAAUCGUGUAAAAAUAUUCACAAAUGAAUCAAAUUUUACAAAUCCAAGCCCUCGAAUAGAAAUUCAAAAGUUUCACUUACAUACUACUGGUCAUCUUGAAAAGGAUGAUGAACUGCUGAUGGAUAUAUGCAAUUUCUUAUCACACUGGUACAAAACUUUUGGAUCAUCUAUAAAAUGUAUUUUAGAAAACGAAGCGGAAUAUAGAAAGAGAUCAUAUGUACAUUUAGAGUCAGCGGACACAUCAAAAAUUACUUUGACAAACAAUCUAACAAAAACUACACAUUCAAAUGAAACUUUUGAAAUAAUUCCUAAAAAAAACAAGACAGAUCAGUAUUCUUCCCAUUUAUCUUCAUCAUCACCUACUUUUGUAUAUAUUUCUGAUUCAAGUGAAGAUGCACCUGUAAUGGAAUCACAUCCACAUUCAAAUGGCCUAGGUUCUGAAGGAUUUUGUGGAGAUUCACAUAUGAAAACGCGUCAGCUUGGUGCAAGAGCAAUGCAUGAAGCUUCAGAAAUUCUGCAUUUUCUAAGCAUUGCAAUCACAGCCUUAUUCUUUUUAUGUGUACUGUUGAAAGUAAUUUGCCUUGGCAAGGAGUUUUUCCGCGAUACAAAUGAAUAUUUCGAUGGAGCAAUCAUAGUGGCAUCCCUUGCAUCCGAUGUUUUGUAUGUUCGUUAUGUAUCCGAGACUGCAGCUGCAAUGGUUGUCCUGUUGUUAUGGAGAAUAAUACGAAUAAUCAAUGCACUAAUGAUGCACAAAAAGCAACAAUAUGAAUUCAGAAUAGCAAUGCAGAAGCGAUCUAGAAGGGUGAUGGGUAGAAAAAUGGAAGUUAUUCGCACAGAGAAAGAAAUGCAGGAUAAGCAUAUACUUGCACUAGAAAAUUUGCUCAAAGAAAUGGGAGUUUCAAGUGAUACAAUACGCAAGUGCAAACCUUUGUAUAAAAAGUGUACAAAAGAACAAACAAACAAUGCUUUAAAAUCAAUUGCAGCCUUAACAACUGGUUUUAUGGGUGGUCUGGUUGGUGCACCAUCACAUGUUCAAGGUGUUUUAUCACGAUAUAGCAGGAGCAAAUUUUCUAGCACACAAAAUUUUACACAAUCAACCUUCUCACAGUCCGAAUCACUCAAUGUUUUAUCCAAAUAUCAGCGUGAAUCAGUGCCAAGACCAAGAGCAUUAAGUUUAAAUCCCCAAGAACACUGGAGUUCACUUCAAGAUAAACAAUUUCGAUCCUUAUUGUUACAGAGUGAAUCUACUAACAGAUUAAACAAAGAUUCAAGUGCGAUGAAAUAUACUAAUGAUGAAGAUAUUUUGUGUGACAAGGCAGAAAAGUCAUCAGCAUCAAUAUUUUUAAGACAUACAUCAGAUGAUACAUUAAAUGAGUCUCUAUCAUCUAACUACUACACUAGCUAUACUAAGGGUCAUUAUUUCCUGAAAACAUUACCUAUUUUAUUCAAAAAAGCCUUAAAUAUAAACAAACACAAAACAAAUAUUUUGGAAGAAGAAGGUGAAACAAUUGAACAGGAAAAUGAUGAGCACAUUAGACAAAAACAAAGAGAAAAUUAUGCUUUGCAUGAAUUAGAUCAACCUCAUAGAACAAAUAACUCAUACCCACACUCACAAACCACAUCAACCGUACAAGAAGUAUUAGAACUAGAUGAAACAUUACCGGUAUUCAGUUUAGGUAAAUCUAAUGGAUUAACGGAUUCCACAACAGAAAUUAUAUACAUGAAAGAUAAUACAGUUGGAAGUGAUAUCAGUAAAGGCUACUGGGCAUCAUCAGAUAUGAUUGAAAGCAUAAACACUAGUUUAUCACAUACUACUAACAAUCAUCAAAUUAGUAGUUCUGUAAAUAAACAAUCAUUGAAACCAAAUAACAAAACAAAAAACAGUAUAAACAAUGUGUACAAUGAACUGCCAACCAGCAGAAAAGAAUCUGAUGAACAAAUAUGGAUACUUCAACCAGGCUAUAUCUGGUGUCAGUCUGAAAAUCAAGCAAAGUUAACCAUAAGAAAUGAAAAACAUUCUACUUUGAAGUCCCCUCCAAAUACAAAACCUCCAGUAAUGAAGAUUAAACGUAUACUUUCAAGUAAUAAAUCAUUGAAGAGCUCCAUAAAGACAAUGUCAUCGAAAAACAAACAAGCUAAUUCCUAA